GGAUUUACAGACGGCUUCAGUGUGUCGACUGAAACAUCGACACAAAGGAGACGCUGCUCCUCACUCAUCCAUUCAUCUGUUCAUCCAUUCACUCGUUCACCCAGUAUGUCUGUCUACAGGAGCUUCACUCUGCUCUUCACAGAUUCACAUUUAUACAGAGUUGAUCUGAGGUCAGCAGGACUCCUUCAUUCUAUCUGGGGCUGGUUCAGACCAGGAUCAGGUCUCAGUGACUCCUCUGGACUCUGGACUGAGGACAUGAGACAGUCUGAAGUGACUGAAAGCUCCAGAGUCACUGUGCUGCUGAUGUCACUGUGGUGUGUUCAGGGUCUGCGUGUCAAUGUGGUUCCCAGACAGCCCCUGUUCAGACUGGGGGAGCGUCAGCAGCUGGUCUGCUCUGUUCAGGACUGUCCCCUGACCCCGAGCUUCUCCUGGUCUCUGCUGGGGGACCGGCCUCUGACGGCCUCCGUCAGCACCGCCGAGACCCGCUCCACCGUGACCUUUGACCCUGUGAUGAUGGCGCAUGAAGGAGCUCUGCUGUGUAAAGUUAUCUGUGGAGGAGACAGGAAACAGACCAGGAUCAACGUCCACGUUUACUCCUUCCCAUCAGCCCCUGUGAUCCGAGGCCAGGACCACCUGAGACCAGGGGCGGAGUCCACCCUCACCUGUCAGGUGUCUGAUCUUUACCCCACUGAGCUGCUCAACCUCACCUGGUUCAGAGGAGACCGAGUCCUGGAGAGCACUGUCGGAGAUCCUGGAUCCAGCUCCGUCCGGUCUGAGUACAGGUUCACGCCUCAGAUCCAGGACUCAGGAGCCAACAUCACCUGCAGGGCCGCGCUAGACCUGCCGAACCUGCCAGCUGAGAACCGGACCAGAGAGACCACCAGCUCCCUGAACGUGUUCUAUGCUCCUGUUGUGACGUGGAUCUCAGACCCGGUCCUGGUGAUGGCCGGCUCUCCACUCACCCUCACCUGUUCUGUGGAGGGAAACCCUGAGCCGACCGUCACCUGGAUCUUCAGGAUGGGGGACGGUCGGUCUCUGCCAUGGGGGCAAGGCCAUGAGCUGGUCUUCACAGCGGUGAGUCUGUCUGAGUCUGGACACUACGAGUGCGAGGCCAGAAACAGCGAAGGAAACAUGACGGCGACGGUGGACGUCACGGUUCACGCUCCACCCACCAACACCUCCAUCUCCCUGAGUCCAGGUGAGGAGGUGGUGGAGGGUCAGCAGGUGACGGUUACCUGCAGCUCAGAGGGAGCUCCGCCCCCCACACUGGUCCUGAGGAGGGAGGGGGUGGAGCUUCAGAGGAGUGACCCCACCUCCUCCUCCUCGCUCUCCUUCAACCUCUCCUCUGCCCUGCUGGAAGACUCCGCCCACUACCAGUGUGAAGCCUCCAACCAGUACGGAUCCCAGCAGGUGUCCAGCUCCGUCAGGGUCAGAGCUCACCCUCUGCAGGUGGAGGUGAGUCCUCAGGUCUCCGCAGCAGAGCGGGGUUCAGGCCUGGUCCUGACCUGCAGAGCCACCGGAUGUCUCCACCCCCCCACCCUCACCUGGUGGAGGACAGACCAGAACCAGAGCCAGACUGUCCUCCAGAGGACCCGGCAGCAGGACGGACUGAACCUGCUCCACCUGCAGGACCUGGACCUCCAGGAUCAGGGAGGGUACAGCUGUGAGGCCGAGUGCGACUCCGUCAUCAGGACCAGGACCAUCCAGGUCCACAUCUACUCGUUUCCGUCUGAUCUGGUUUUGAGGGAUCCUGGUCCCAUCCUGCUGGGUCAGGAGGCGAUCCUUCACUGUGAUGUCGUUAACGUCUUUUCAACCAAUCAGCUGAGGAUCCAGUGGCUGUCAGGGAACACGACGCUGAUGUCGGAGUCCUUCGGGUUCUCCAGUUCUUUACAGAACGUCUCGUCUGUCCUUCAGCUCCGGGUUGAGGAGGACCAUGUCCUGACCUGCAGAGCGGAGCUGUUGACAGAGGACGGAGACGUGUGGAGGUCCAGGAGGACCAGCGUCCCUCUGCAGGUCCACUAUGCUCCGAGGAACACCUCCAUCUCCCUGAGUCCAGGUGAGGAGGUGGUGGAGGGUCAGCAGGUGACGGUUACCUGCAGCUCAGAGGGAGCUCCGCCCCCCACACUGGUCCUGAGGAGGGAGGGGGCGGAGCUUCAGCGGAGUGACCCUGCCUCCUCCUCCUCACUCUCCUUCAACCUCUCCUCUGCCCUGCUGGAAGACUCCGCCCACUACCAGUGUGAAGCCUCCAACCAGUACGGAUCCCAGCAGGUGUCCAGCUCCAUCAGGGUCAGAGCUCCUCCGAGAAACACCACAGUCCUGGUCCUGCCGUCUACGGUGGUCCAAGUGGGACAAAACGUGACUGUCUGCUGUCAGACCAUCAGCUUCCCUCCGUCCGCCAUGACCCUGAAGAAACUGACCAAUGGGACGGAGAUUUACUCCCUCAAUGGCACCUUCCUCUUGGUCAACGUCACGGCCAGAGACUCCGGGCUGUACCAGGUCAACGUGACCAAUGACCUUGGAUACCAGGUCAAGGUCUUCAGCAUCAGCGUCAGAGAGAGAAGCAGCAGCCUUCCUCCCAGUCUCAGCAUCAUCAUCAUCCCAGCCGUCUGCGUCACCGCUGGGCUGGCAGCUAUCGCCGUGCUCCUUGACUACCUCAGGAGGUCCAGGAAGAAAGGUUUUUAUCAGCUGCCUCAGUCUGCUCCGUCCUCAGCCUGAAGCUAACAGGCUAACAGGCUCCUACAUGUGGCUUCUGCAGUUCAACAUCUUGCUACAACUCUGACAUGAAGAGAUACGGCCGCCAACGUGCAGCUGGGACUCUGCAGUCUGUGGUUCCUGCUUCCAUCAUAUGACUGAUACUGAGUGCUGGAGUCAAAGGAAACUGGACUUUAGGUUCAUUGAAGACGUUUCACCUCUGAAAGGCUUCAUCAGUUUAAAAUCUGAUGGGGGGGGGUCUCAGGUAUUUGACCUAUGGUGUCACCGUGGAGGUGGUCCUCAGUUUCAGUUGGACACAGAUGUCCUCCUUUACCCUCCAUCUGUCUUCUCUGCUCAAAAUGUGGGUGUCCUCAAAGAUCCUGACAGAAGUCCAGUUGCCUUCGAGUCCAGCACUGAAGACAACCAUGACCUGGAUGAACCUGCACAGAUGUGAGUCGACUAUGUUCCUUCCUGCACUCUAGAUUCCAGGGAAGAUCCAACAUGGACUCUGUUCCUGACACAAAUUUUAUAACUCUCCAUCACCACCUAAAUAAGACUCCACCAGGGCUGAACGAUUUUGGGAAAAUAUCUAAUUGAUCUGAUUUGUGAUGUUUUCAGCAGACACUGUACAUAUAAAACAUGUGGUCUGUACAGCAGUAAACAGAGGAAAAGAGCAGCUCUGUCUCUAUCAGCAGAUCAUUAGUUCUGACUUUCAGUCUGUGGUCUCUGUCUGUCCAUCUGUGAUGUUACAGAGACCUACAGACGCCUGCAGCAGCUUUUCUGUCUCUGAACGCAGCGAGUUGUCGACCCGUCUCCUCUGAGGUGGCGGCCAUUUUGUUUUUGUUAGUGGGCGUUUCCACAGUUGCUUUGACUCAGGCCUCUUGUGAUUGGUGAGUGUGACUGUCUGUCACACAGACAACGAUAAGACCUGAUGAAGACCUUGGGUCAGAGUCAGGAGCUGGAAACACAAUCAGUAACUUUGUGAACUGUCCCUUUAACCUGAAGAUUCACUCUGAAACUGAGACAUUGCUCUGAGUUAAAGCUUUGCUUCAGCUUCCUGUGACCUCUGACCUUUGACCUUUGACCUGUCAGAGGAGGUGAAGGUUCAGUGUGGUACUGCUUCCUGUUCUGUGUGUAUAUAUGUACAGUUUAUCACCCUGUGCUUUUAUUAAACAUAUUUAUUUCUUCA